CAAUUUCAAAUAAUACGAUUCAACGCGACGAGUUAGACGAAGUUCCUGGUUAUUCGACGACGCGACCGAACAGCAGGUCGGGUAGAUUUUUUUUUUUUCUUCAUUUAUCAACGGGAAAUAUAUAAGAGACUUUCUAAAUUGACGAUGAAUUCCUAUUACCGGAGAAUGAAAAUCCAAGCGGGGUAGGCUUCGAAGGCCAUUCGAAGGAAGUAUGUGCGGACUUUGCGGAGGCCGUUAUCGUAGGCGAGCCGUACGAUAGGCGUGUGCGUAAUAACGCUCUUGGGUGUGUUCAGCGUCGCAUGACGCACGCAUUGAGGUUAUGUCGCGCGUGCGAUGGUCUGACAGCGGCGUUUUCGGUCGCGUUUCAGGACAAGAGAGCGCGUCCAGCAGGAAGCCUGUAACAUGAUAAACCCUUUCCUCGACGAAAAUGACGCCUGGUGUUACUGGGCAGUCUCGAUCGGCGCCCUGCUGUCGUUCCUCGGCUUUGUUGUCGCCUGCAUCUGCAGCUGCCGACGUAACGAAAAUAAGAAUGAGUUUCUGGGGCUCGCUGGUAUGGUAACACUGAAUAAUUCCGAAACAGAUGGUUUCAACAGAAUUCCAACAGCAGAUGUAACCCAAGUUGUUGUGCAAGAUGUCAACGAUGGUGGAAAAAGGACUACAAGUGCCAACAGAAGUCUUCCGGAUAUUCCAAAAGACAAGAGCAGAGAGCAUGAAGAUAUAGCCGAGUCGGUACCUCAGGAUAUUUACGAGACCACCGAGACCAUGGGGGACCAUUCAGAAUUAUAUGCCACAGUCCAAGACACAGGACAAGAACAGAUAUCCGAGAGGGAGACGCAGGAAGCUUCCCAGCCAAGUUCUGUGACACAAGACACCUCUCAUCAAUACGCCAGAUUCGCGUCUCCCAUUUCUGACAAUGUUGAACAUCCUUACGCGCAACUUCAAAGUGUUCAGAAGACUGAGGCUAGUCAAGUAAAUAGGAAUAAUGUUAAUCAAGCCGCGAACAUCGAAAAGCCGUCGACGUCAUCCAUGGGUCAGCCGAGCGGAAAUCCGGUAGCGCCGCCGCGUACCCGCAGAUCGUCCUCGCACAAUUCGCUCCUCAGCUCGGACUCUCAUUGCGACAUCCAGGCCGCCAACGCUAUCUCUGGUGGUGUGCAGGCUAAUCAAGACUUGCCCUACAUGACGCCGCCUCUCUUAAUGCUGCUGCCGCACCCACCACAGCCCCAGCACAAUAGCCCGCAGCAGCACUUCAGCGGUGACUCCCAAGAUUCGAAAGGAUACACAAGCAUAAGCGUGAGGGAACCAUUAGCUAAUAUAAUCGCACAGACCAAAGCAGCAUAUAGACAAAACCAAUCGACUCGGCCAAUCAUCGAUCCUCAUUAUGCUACUGUCUCUGACGAUUCGGAUGAAAUGUACGCCGCUAUUGAUGAGCAGGACAAAGUAUACACCAGCGGCAGCGAGACGUACGCGCAAAUUCAACCGAUGAUGUUGGAGGUACAAAGAGUAGCGCAGCAUGAGCAGACGGUGUUUUGUCAGCCCCCUUCUCGCACGGAAGAAACACACGCUGCUCCACAACCGCCGAGCGUCGAUAGCUUGCGUCAUGUCGCCCACGCCCACUCUAGACAAGCGUCAUCGUCCAGUGCCAACAGUUCCAUCAUCAACCCUGGAUCACCCAAACCCGAGAAACGUCAAGCAAACUCUCCACUACCGCCGCCGCCUGAAGCGAGCUCGGAGAUGUACGCGUCCGUCGACAAGAAGGGCAAAGCCGACGACCGAUCGAGGUCCUCCCUGUCGGUGGGCAAGUCCCUCGAGGACAUGUACGCGAAAGUGAUGAAGAAGAAGAGGGAGGUGGAGGAGCAGCAGCAGAACGAUAUUCACCCAGCCGCCAAUAACGUUCUGUAUCCCGAAUCGACCACUUGCAGGAAACUGAGCCUGAUAGAGAUCAGCCGGGCGUCGUGGUGCAGCCACGAAUCCGUGGAGAUCCAAAAGAAGGAGCCGGAUCCUGCGCACUACCCGGCCGUCGCAGUCAGCGCCGCGACAAACUUCCACGCCGAGGGCGAUGGCAAUCCAUCGAGAUUGCCUAAAGCCGACGCGGCAGACAACACCGUUCUGUCGCACUUGGAGAUCGACCACGGCUACGAGGCCGUCAACAACUCCAACAACGGCAAGAGAAGUUCCUUGGCGAGAGGCGUGACGUCGUCAAGCUCCAACCCCGAUCCGAAUUACGAGAUGCUGCGUCCGCAGUGCUCGCGGGAGAACGACUAUCCGGCAACCGGCGGCGGCGGCGGCAGCGGCGCGUUGUUGUCCGUCGUCAGAGACAGCACAGAUACGUACUCCGUGCCGUUCAAGCACAGGCAAGUGAGCAACGCCAGCAGCGAGGACCCCGGCUACGAGAAGGUGAGGCUGCGAAGACGCGUCGAGCUGGACCAGGACACGGAUUCUGAGCCUAAUUAUGAGAGCAUGCCGCACGACACCGGAGAGCCGAACUACGCGUCCGUCUGUCGACCCGGCGACAGCGACACGGACCCCAAUUACGAGUCCGUCUGCCACGGUGACCCAAAUUACGAGAGCGUCAAGUACAUGAGCGUGACGCAGAGCGAGGAACCGCCGUACGAGCAAGUGAACAAUUUCCUAUCGGACGCGAACGCCGACGGCUACGAGAAGGUGAAGAACAAGAAGACGGCGGAGACGGAGACGGAUUAUGAGAAAAUCGAUGUGGGAAAUUCCGUGGAACGAGUGAGCAACGGCGAUACCGACGACGAACAGUACGUCCAGGUGUAACGCGUUCGUCGUCUCGCCCAUUUCGAUCGGGCGGUCCAGAUCGCUCGAUCGAUCGACGAUGUUCGCCGUGUACGUGAUAAUCAAAGUGACUUGAUCCUGUUCUUUUGGGAUCCUGUUCUUUUGGGCUGGACCAACUGGCAUAUUUCGCUUCUGAAGUGAAACAGGUAUACGGGGUGUCCGGUGAUUUACGUAACGCUAUUUUCUUAGGAAAAUAUCGAAACUUUCUCGUCGGCAACAAUGUCGAGGCAUACGGUAGUCUUCGAGAUACGAGAGCCGUCGAGAAGAGCGGAGUUUCUCGCGACUAAGUGGAUAAUAAAGUUAUUUUCUUCGAUCCGUCUCUCAAGUGGACUUUGUUUCAGCGAAAUCUUCAUCCGAAUUUUAAACAUGUGUUAUGUUGAACAUUGAAAAAAAUGUCAUAGGCCUUCCUCAAAAAUUUUCAUGGAGAUUAACGUGCAAAUAACGGGACACCCUGUAUAGCGCAGCAUCGGAGGGAGAAAGGAACGAAGUUCCUUCCCAGUGUGGCUGAAAAGAACAAGCUUCGAGUGUCCGUUUCGACGCAAUCUCACCACUCCGGGAUCGGAGAAAACGAAAUUCGAGACUUCCCCGUUUUUUUAUUCGCGAUUCAACGAGCGACAUGACCGAAAAGCGCUCUCUCGCUUCGCUUCGCGUCACGUCGCGGUAAUUACGUACGAUAAUGAGGAUAAGACUGACGAAGACAGACAGUGAGAGUAAUUUUACGGAUCAAGAGAAAGAAGGUUCUUGCUAUUUUUGUCUGUCUUCAAUAGACGUACUGUUAUUGUCGACGCAUUUACCAUAAACCGUAAGGACAGCCGCGUAACGGCACGCGCACAUUCACAAUAACAGGAACCGAACCAUAACUACACGAUAUAAAUGCGAUACGUAUUUAUUUCUCGUCCCGUUUCGCCGAAAGCGACUCUUGAAAGUCGCGCUCUACCUGUCAGAGGAACACCAUGUAGUAGUCUACGCGCUUUUUGUUUAUAAUGUUUGUAUCCCCGCUAAGUAUAUGUAUAUAUAGAGUUUAUACAUAACCUCGUACGCGCAGAAAUAGAGAGUUAUAUUUUAGAAAUUUAUUAUUUAUUUUAACAUCGU